CGGGCGCCCGUUGUGGCGGCGGCGGCAGCGGCAUGGAGGAGAGCGAGUGGCGCAGCGCCAACUUCCGGCAGAAGCUGGUCAGCCAGAUGACUGAGAGAAAGUGACUGGCCCAGGCAGGACUAGAACUCACCAUCUCUCCAUUUCUAGUCUGAUGGCUUCACUAUGACACUAAAGCAGUGAAGAUGCCAUGAGAAAGGCUGGCGUUGCUCACAGUAAGACCAGCAAAGAAAUGGAAAACCAUGUUUUCAUGAAGGCCAAAACGCGGGAUGAAUAUCUCUCGCUCGUGGCAAGACUCAUCAUCCAUUUCCGGGAUAUUCACAACAAGAAGUCUCUGGCCUCCGUCAACGACCCAAUGAAUGCGCUGCAGAACCUGACUGGGGCUCCUCCAGCAGGACCAGGGGCCAUGGGGAUGGCUUCCCGUCCUCAGGGAGCUUCCCUGGCCGGGAUGAGUGGGCUUGGGCCCCCCAUGGGACAGCCAAUGAAUCUCCCAGGGCAGCAGCCUCCUGGACCUGCCGGGAUGGCCCCUCACGGCAUCCCCAACAUCUCUGCCACCAGCCAGCCAACCCAGCUCCAGCUGCAGCAGAUGGCUGCGCAGCAGCAGCAGCAGUUCCAGCAGCAGCAGCAGCAGCAA